AUGUGCAUCUCAUGUGCAAGAAUCCAUUUUCGAAAAGGGCUCUCUUGUCAAACGUAAACGGAAAAAAUACAGGAAAAAUGGCGGACGAGAGCGAGGAUCAGUGGCUGUAUGGGGAUUCGGCUGACAGCAAAGAGUAUACACCGGCGAAUAUUCAAUCAGAAAUUCAUCAAAAUGAUUCGAUGCUUACCGAAAUUCAGGAGAAUUCGCAAACUCGGGAGGAUCAAAAAGUCGAAGGAACUGGCGAAACACCAUCUGAGAUGCAGGAGGUUAUCGACUCUCUUGGUGGUGGCGAUGAAGAAUCUUCUUCACUGAAUAAUGUACAGGAAGAGAAUAUGGAUGUAAAUAAAAAUGGAACGAGAGAAGCUUCUAGUCAGGAAGAUGGCGAAGCAGCCAGUGAAUCUGAUUCUGAUGAUGAUGUACAUGUUGUAAUUGGCGAUAUCAAAUCGACACCAGCUUAUGGUAGUUUGAAUAUCAAAAGAGGUGGUCUAUUAACCAAUACAUCUGGUAUACCAGAUAAGUUGAGCAAACAACCAGGAAAGUUCAGUAUAGAUGAAUUUGAAACUAUUGGCGUUAUCAAUGGAAUACCGGCCCACGAGUUUAAUUUAGAUCAGUUGGAAGAUAAACCAUGGAGACAACCUGGCGCGGAUAUCACAGAUUAUUUCAACUAUGGCUUCAAUGAGGAUACCUGGAGAGCAUAUUGCGAACGUCAAAAGCGGAUGCGAAGCGAAUCUGGAGUAGGAUUGAUUUUAAAUGCGGGUGGCGGUGGUGGCAAUCCAGGUGGCAUGAGAAUGCCCCAAGUGGCGAUAACCAAUGACAAUAGUAAAUAUUCUGGUAUUAUGGGUCCUAAGAGGGCAGGCCCACCGCCAGGGAGAAAAAUGGCUGGAACUAUAGAUGUUAUUGGAAGUUCUGGUUUAGCUUCUAGAAGAAAUCUAGAUAAAUCUCCACCAAAGGGAAAUGUUAUACAAGUUAUGACUGCAGACAGGAGAGAAUAUUCUAGGAAACCAGGUUUCCCUGACAUGAGUGUACCACCUCCUGGAGCAGGAAUGCCACCGCCGCCAUUUGAUAUGCCUCCGCCGGGGUACGCUGGAGAACCGACAUCAUUCUACAUGCCGGAAGCCGAUCCGUAUUAUCAGAGUUAUGAACCUACACAGGACAACCAAUGGGGCAAUGAUCCAACAUGGCAGCCGACAAAUCUGGCAAUCCCAAUGACUGAAGGGGAAGACGACAAAGACAUGGGACCUAAGACCAUACCUACGAUGGUUCCACCAACAUCCAUUCCUCCUUUAAUGCAAUCGCGCGAUCAGAGGGACGGCAGAGAUCGAGAUCGGGACAGGGAUAGAGAUCGGGAUCGAGAAUUGGAUUCUAUGGGUAGAGACAGAGACAAAGAUAGAGAUCGCGAUCGUGAUAGAGAAAAAGAUUCCAUGAUGAGAGAUCGUGAUAGAGACAGAGAUUCUAUGACGCGAGAUGAGGAUCGAGAACGUGAUAGAUCCAGAUCUCAGUAUCGGCAUAAAGAUCGACAUCGGCAUCGAUCAAGGUCACGAUCCCGUAGACACAAGUCAAGAUCACGAAGCCCGAGUCGACGUAAGAAGAAAUCCAGACGCUCGGAUAGAGAGCGUUCUAAAGAAGAAAGUGAAUAAAUAUAUGUACACAUAAAAUUUUGUUGUGUUAAUGUCAUAGCAGCGUAUAUCGUAGGAAUACAUGAUCAUUUUAUAUAAAAUAAUAUUCCAACUCUCCUCGAAAAAAAUAUGUGCAUCAAGAAAAUUAUUUGCAAAGCUAAUAAGAUAUACAAACAAGAAAUGAAAUGUACAGCAGUUCGUAUGGAAGUUACAAAUAUGAUAUAAUUUUUGACAAUUAUAAGUUAUUAAUUGAAAGCAGUAAUAAAAGUUAAACUUUCAGGAUUAUUGAAGAUUGCAGAAAAUAGAUUUUUUAUGUUUUAAUAUUUAAUAUUUUUAAGACCUGAUUUUAGAAGUAAAACAUUUUUAAUCUUUUCUUGCAUUUAUGUACAUAAGUUUUUGUAUAUGUAAUUUUCAAUGAAGGAAAUAUAAGUAGAGUUGCAAUAAAAUCAAUCGAGUUAUUAAGAGGACUAUAUAAUUCUGAUUUUGAUUGUAUUGAAGAUCUCUUAAAAAUUGAUGUAGUUGAUAGCAAAAA